AUGGAAGAAAGCUGUUGUCCUGGACACUCCACAGCUAUGUCCACCACUGCCAUAUGCCCGAAAAGUGGCAACUUCCAAAACGCAAUCUGUUUGCCCAGUUCCUGCCAGUGCAGGACAUGGCAACUGGUCACAUGCCAAGAAAAUUGUCAGCCAUCUAACAGCGUACCAAGUAGCUGUGAACCUGCUUCUUGUCAACCUAUCUGCCUUGCAAGAACUUCUCUUGUGGGUUUUGCCUGCCAACCUAUGUGCUCUUGUGCAGCCUGCUGUGAAUCUGACAGUAGUCCGUCAUCUCAUCCGGCUAGCUCAUGCCAGCCACCCUGUUCGGAUUCUACCGAUUGUCAGGCAAACUGCUGUGAUGAGAGCCCCUGCCAACAAAGCUCUUGUCAGGACUCAGUCAGCAUGUCUAGACCAAGCCAGACAGCUUGUGGCCAAUCGGUGUGCUGUGAUGCUAAGUCCUGCCAGCCAUCUUGCUCUGAAGUGACUUCCUGUCCUGAAACAUCUUGCCCAUCAAUCAGCUGUGCAGUUAGUGCAUGCCAACCAACUUUUUGCCAUGGAUGUUCAUGUCAGUCCGUUGGUGGUGAAGGCCAGUUCUGCAAAUCAACUUAUUACCAACCUAUCUGCUACAUUUUUAAGCCUUGCCAAUCAGUUUCCUGCAUGCCUUCUCCCUGCCAGCCAUCACCUUUGGUGUUCUGUUCUUACAAUCCUACGUGUGUGUCUGCUCUUUGCCAGCCACUUUACUGUGAACCAGCUUCUUCCAUAUCCUUGAACCCUCAGCUAAUGGCUAACUGUCAAUUUUGUUCCAAAAAGAGCUCUUGCAAACAAGUUUCCUGUGGCACCGUGCUUUCUAGCCAAUCAACUUGUUGUGGACCCACUUCCUACAAUCAAAGUGACUGUAAAUCUCCUUCCUACCAACCAACUUGCUGUGUGACAGGUUUAGGCAAAUCAUCAGCUUUAGUGGCAACAGUUGCUUCCAACCUACUUCCUGAAGACUAUGCAAAGCAAGUAUCUGCUUGUUAA